AUGGCUAACUACGCGGUUGAUUCUUAUUUUAUAGAUGUCCAAAAUGGCGACUCAGCUCUUCACGUCCUUCGUCACAUCAAUGGCAACCAAUUCACCUCUCAAGCAGCGGUCCUGGUCGACGGUGGAAGGGCGAUCUACGCCGACAGCGUCCUCAAAUGGAUUCAAUUCGCCCGAGCUCAGUAUCACAAUUCUUUGCUUAUUACUUCCAUCGUGAUUACACACUGGGAUGACGAUCACUACGGCGGAAUUAUGGAACUCCUCCUCCGAGAAUCACUACAACUCUACUGCGCUGACAACGUCGUGAUGUACAUGCCGUCCUUAGGAUGCGAGGAGAAACUUACAUCACUUGGAUUUAAGCUCGGCUUUGACUUACAUGGGAACCAAGUUCUUUAUCGCGUGGAAGGUCAAACGUCAAUAGAGAUCUGCUACGUCAAGUUGGGUACCCAGUGUCUUGGCUUCGACCUCUUUUCGGGAUCAUUGCAGACUGCACCUGCUACGACAAAAUCCCUUGCAGACGUCUAUAACUCUCAUACGUGUAUUUUAGAUACAAACUCAACCCCUAUUUUGCUGUGUUUUGCAGUGGAUGGCCUCAUUUUGGGCAAUGAUGCACUUGGGCAGCAGGGCCAACCACAGCCAAACCCUGCUAACCGCAACGACUCUUCUAUCGCACUCAUAGCGAUUUGGCCGUUGGUCAACAACGAGCCACGAAUAUCUCUAUAUUCUGCAGGUGACUCUUCGAAAAAACAGGAAACCGAUCUAUUUACCUGGCUUCACCUUGGAGUCUACGGAUAUCCUCCCAUUGACGUGGCAAAGCUAAGCCAUCAUGGAGCAAGCACAUCUACGCCAGUAGGGAUUGGGGCAUUCAAAGUUCAGUAUAUGUAUAUCUCAGCUGGGCGUGCCUAUGGCCAUCCAACAGCAUCUACAUUGGCACUGGUCAUGGCAUAUGCUUCCUACUUGAACUCGCAAGGACUGCUGGGACCUCGCAUCCUAGCCUCGAGUGAUCCCUAUUGGCUUAGAUGGAAUGUCCCGCGGCUCAAUCUUUUGAAACUACUGAGCUUUAGUCCAGGGUCUCAGGAGCUACGCCGCGAUGUCUUCACGAUCUCGGGUGAUGAUCUUUUCGCAGAAUGGUUUGGCAAUGAGGAUUUCUUGACAAAUGUCAAGGACUUUUGGUGUCUGAAUAAUGGCCUGACAGAAGGUAACGUUAAUUAUCUUGAGAAUGAAUAUUUGGAAACGUAUGGGAGAAAUACCCUUAUGGUUGACUGUCCGUUUCCACAUUCAGUUCCAGCUUUAGAGGCAAAAUGGAAUGUCAUGUCGAAAGAAGGGGUAGCCAAGAGACUUUUACAAGAGGUUAUGGCCUUUGUCGUUAAUCAACUUCGGAAUAUCUGGGACGAAGUCGGUUGGGGGCGUUCUGGGGGAUGCCUAUGCAUUGAGGCGACUGAGCAAGGAGUUUUCCCCGAGGAAGAGAUCAGACGAGGGAACAUAACGAUGGCUAUAAUCCCUUUUGAUGAUGCUCCAGCAGGCGGAGGGAUGGAAAUUGAGUCUGACGAUCAGCCAGAAGUCGGAUUCAUGGAAUUCACUAAUUUCCUAGCAGCAAUGCCACCUACACCGACUCUUUCCAAGGCUGAAAAAUGGCUGUAUUCAUUUCUUGGGGCGGAUUUGGCCAUACAAAAGGCUAGCGAUGGAUCUCUAAACGCCGUUGCGCUUAGUAGUACACAGGGCCAGCUUUGCUCAUGGCUGCAAACUAGCUUUGGCUUUACUGUGACUGCGAACUUCACUGGGCAAUUUGACGCGACGACAAGCAAAGUUAUCUCAUUGGAUUUGCUGGCAAUAAAGGCUUCUAUUGCUCCAUCAUCGUCUGGUAGCGAUGCCUUCGCCUUGUUCAUCAACACUGGGACCGAGGCAUACCAGGCGCAAUUCAACGGUCUGGCGACUUUACCUUCAACUGGCUCCGGAUUCUAUAAGAAUCUUGGGACCGGCGGAGGCUUUGUGUUUGCCGUUGAUGAGACUCUUACAACAGGUACUACGGACUUGAACGCCUUUCUAUCACUAUUUGGAUUUUCUUCAAACGCCUUCGUCGGGGCAUUCCUAAAUCAGGAGCAACUUACGCUCAGGACCUCGACGUCGGAUAGGCCUUCAAGAUCAGGAAUUUGGAUGAUCCCGGACUCGAGAAUUAAGAUGUAUUUUCGCCUCGAGAUGAUCCUAGCUUCACAUUCGACAAUUCAGUCAACACUGAAUAGCCUACUCCCUAAAGCUGGCUUCUCAGUAACAGAUGUAGUUUUAUGGGGCAGCACAAACAAUCAGACUCCAAGAAUGUCCAUACUGCCCGGUAAAACGAUGACGUCGAAACAGAGCGUUGUCGGUAUCGACUCAACUAUUCAAACCACUAUCAAUGGAACAGAAACGCCAUUUCCCUCCUCUAUCGUGUUUUCCAAGGCCUCCGUGGAGCUGCAAGUCCGCACUACUGGCUUCGAUAUUGACACUAUCUUCACUUGGAUAGAGAGCAUCAUCGAUACACCCGACACAUCCACUUCUAAAACUGCUGCGCCAUCUAGUUCAGACAUUUCUAGCACAGUUCAGGGGAUUUUGCAAGAAUUCUGUCACGAUUUCAAGAUUGUGGCCGUUCGGUUUGUUGUCAAGUCUGCAAGUGGAAAAGGACUGUCGCUGGCAAAGUGCUGCGUCGACUUUCAGGUCAGCCUCAACAUCAAAGCGCCUGCUACAUCCGGGACCGUUGAAACACCCAAAAAGCUCUCUACACCUGCUACUCCAGUAACAGAGACAGUUACCGCCAGCCCCUCUGUUACUGUCACGCCUCCAAGCACGAUUCCUAUCUUGUUCGAACUUGAGUGGUCACCUGGCUCGUACUUAUUGUCAGGAGCUCUUCCUCUGAGCAGCCCCAAUUCACUACCUUUUCAAUUGGAUCCUACAGCCGAGUGGGUAGAUCAGCCCUCAUUGAAUGCUUUGCCGCCCACGAACUCGACAAUAUCAAUCUCAUCCUUGCUAGAUAUUCUACCAUCCAGCUACCCAGCUGGUGUACCAGACGUAAUUACAGAGGCCGAGAUUACGCUUCAAAAGUCCACUACAUCAACCAAUUUGACUUUGGCUGGUUCGGUCGUUUGUAUCGAGGCUCAGCCUGGAACAAACACAACUGAUGUUCCUGCGCUAUCAUUCAAUAUACUGGACAUCGUUCUGGAGAUUGGUUCAGCUUCAAAGUCGCUAGCCCUGUCCGGAGGAGUAUCCCUUCAAGGCCCGGGAGAUGAAUUUGACGAAAACAAUUGGUCCAGCCUUGGUGUUGAUCUCGCUUACAGCAGCGGCGAUGGUACCUGGAGCGUCUCGGCAUCCGCGUACAAUGUUUCACUCGCCAACUUGUACUCCCUCUUUGCUGCUGACUCGCGCAGCGCCAUUGCGGACGUCUUCUCGGGAAUCAACAUUCUCGAUACGACUCUGACGUACAUCUAUGAAAAGGCUCAGCCCAGCCAGCUAACCAUGUUGGCAGAGUUCUUGCUGGGGCCAGUACUAUUAAGCCUUAAGUACCAACAUUCGAAUGGAAGUGUAUGGACAUUUGCUGCCGGUAUUAGCAAGUAUAACCCUACGGCAACGACAGAAACGUCUACUUUAGGGGAGCUUUUGUCCGAUCUACUUGGAGAGAACGAGGCAUUGCCUGACUUCAUUAGCAAUCUCACUAUUCCCCUGAGCGACAUCAGCAUUAAUCUCCUCUGCGAGAGCAUUGACGGCUCAAAGGAGAUGGGAAAGGCUGUACUCUUCUCACUCGACCUCAAAAUCGGAAACAUGGACGUUAAAUUUGCUCAGAUACGACCACUUCAUGCAGCAGACGCAACGCCUGGAUCAGAGCCCAGCAACACAUCCGACCCGAAGGGCAAAAGCAACGAGGAUACGAGUGACUCUGGCUCUCAACCCAGUAAGACUACCAAAGCGCCUCCAGCCAAGAUUCUACGGUUUUCACUUCCCCAAAUACCUGACGUUAGCGAUGUCCCAGUCGUCGGUACUCUUGCACCACCAGUUGACGAAGUUGCGGUGCUCUGGACGAACAGAGACAUAACGAUGUAUGAGGCCACGGCGCUCGCACAAAAUGCCUUUAGCUCAGAUCUGCCACUUCUCUUCAACCAGUUCUCCCCUGAAGACAGCAACAUCAAGCCUGGUGACGUGAUUGCGCUGGCGAAGGGUUGCCAUCUACAGCUUGCUGCAACCAUACAAGGGAAGCAAAGUCUGCUCUUAGAUCACGUCGUAGGAGAGGCACAAACCAAAAGCCCAAAGAUUACGCCUUCGUCGCCAACGUCAUCGAAAGCACCCUCGAGAUCCAUUUCUCCAGCACCUUCUUUAAAAAAAGGGAAUCCAAGCAACAGUACAUCGCCAUCUUCAACUGUGGCUCCAAUGAGCAAGCAGGCUGGGCCCCUCUCUAUCAGUAGCGUGGCGUUGCAAAUGAGUAGUGAUUUCACAUCUAUCUCUUUGGUAUUCACAGCAACGCUACGUAUCGGUCCUCUUGACUUUACCCUUAUAGACCUUGGUUUAAGUUUGGACUUGACGAGCAUUAAAUCCUUCUCCAAUUUCUCGCAGCUUCGAUUCACACCAACUCUUAGUGGUCUUGCUCUCGCAAUUGAAAAAUCACCGAGCCUUGAAAUUGAGGGUUUGUUCGCCAAGGAAGUCGACAAGAAUAGCACUCGCUACGUCGGUGGUCUCAAGGCCAGUUUUGAGACAUGGGGAGCUUUGGCUGUUGGCAUGUACGAAGAAAACAAAACGUUUGAUGAUAUGUUCGCGUUUGUUCAUAUUCAAGGAUUGAUCGCAGAACUAGGAUGGGCCGAGAUCAAUGGGUUGUCUGCAGGCCUUGGGUACAACACGCAGUUGGUUCCGCCUGAUGCGGGAGAUAUCCAACAGUGGCCUUUCAUUGCCCUCAACCAUGCUGACCUGACACCCCAAAGCGACCUAGCAACUGAGCUCAAAUCAUUGAUGCAGCCAAGCUCGGGUACUGCUUACAUUCUCCCGCAGCAGGGUUCUUACUGGUUGGCGGUUGGCCUGACCGUGUUGGCCUUCAAGGUGUUGGAUAUUGAUGCCGUGCUCAGUGUUGAGAUGACCGACUCUGAUGAUUGCAUCAUCAACAUCACGGCCGAGGCUACAACUUAUUUUCCAAGCACAGGAGGUGAAGAAAAUGCAUUUAUUCUGAUUGAUGUUGGGGCAACCAUGACAUUUGACUCCGCUCAAGGUUACUUGAUUGCUCAAGCCGAACUGACACCCCUGUCAUAUGUUCUCAGCAAAGACUGCCAUUUGACUGGUGGGAUGGUUUAUGCAACUUGGGUCUCUCCGAGCCAGUAUGAAGGUGACUUUGUUGUAUCAAUCGGCGGCUUCAACCCCACAUACAAGCCUCCGUCAUAUUACCCUGCAGCGCCACCACGCCUUGGAAUAUCUUGGGCAUAUGACUCUGAUCUCAGUAUUCUUGGCCAGGCCUACUUUGCGGUGACUCCAGCCUGUCUGAUGGGCGGGGCAUGUCUCGAUGCUCGAUUUGACUGCGGUUGGUUAAAGGCAUCUUUCACAGCCUGGGCUGAUUUUUUUGUCCAACUACAUCCAUUUUGGUUUGACGUCCAUGUUGGUUUCAACUUUUCCGUCGAGGUUCAUUUGGGGUGGAGCAUCCUUGCGAUUAAUCUGGGUCCUUUGUCAUUCGGGGCUGACUUACAUCUCUGGGGCCCUUCAGUCUCGGGCACUGCUACAUUGCACUUCUGGUCCAUGUCCCAUACAAUCUCUUUCGGGUCUACAAGCUCUGGUGCCGCCCCUGCUAAGCUUGAUAUUGAUUCAUUCCUGGAAUUGGUCAGGAACCAGAGCAGCAGCAGCAGCGAUGGAGGUUCAGAUGACUACCUGUUUUCUAUCAACGCUGGUACUGUCUCGACAUCCUCACCGAUCAGCUCUACUGCAAUAACAACUACCACGACUAACGAAUCCACAAGCUCGAAGGUGCAGGUCCGUGGUGCGCAGCUAAACAUCAUUAUCAAGACAAGGGUUCCUAUUCUCAGCGCGACUUUCAAUGCGCCAAAAAGCAAGUCGUGCAGCACAAAUGGCACAGAUGUAGCAGACGACAGCGGCUCAACAUUGGUUGACUUGUAUGCGGCACCAAUGCAAUUGACAACUUCGUUCGAGCUGUCACAUCUGGCCGUGCAGCUAACGGGAAAUGCUGCGGGUUCCGAAAACGUCAAGCUUCUAUCUGUUCCAAUCACGACAAAGGUGCCUCCAACGCUUUGGGGUGUUUGCAAGUUUCCCGACUGCUAUUCUUAG